AGUUCUGUCAGACCGCGUGUUGCGCUGGGCCCGAGGCUCCGUUAGACGGGCUCGGGCUGCCGUGCUCACCCACACCCAGCCAUGCGGAGCGGCAGCGCCACCGACAACGGCACCGGCAGUGCGGCCGUCUGAGCGCCACCGCCCAAAGCAAGCCAGGGAGCCGAGAGUCAGCGAGCGGAGCGGCCGGGUGGGGACAGCGAGCAAGCCUAGCGGCCGAGAGUGGGAGCGGGUUUCGGGGCCGCCGGGCCGGGCCGAGCCGAGCCGAGCCGAGCCGGGCACGGAAGGGAGCGACCCACCGAAAGCGAGCGAGGCGGGGGGGGAUCGCGCGGGGCGGCGGGCAGCGAUGGCCGCUCCGGUCAGCGCCCUCAGAGACACCGAUAUGAGCCAGGCCAAGGCGGGCGAGCUGGCGGCGCUGAAGCCGGGGACUGGGCCUGGUCCCACCGCCGAGCAGGAGCAUCAUUUGCCGGGCAACGGUUCGGAGCCCGGUGCCGCUGCCAGGGAGACCUUCAGCAACCACCGGCUGAGCGCGGGGCCGGCGGAACACAGCGACGAGGACAGCGGCCAUCAGCCGCACGGCGAGCCGGACGGGGCCUCCUCCUCGGAGCAGAGUAACGGCGGAGCGGGGUCCGGGGAGCCAGAAACCGGCCGGGCCACCGCGGCUAGCCUGGCCCUCCUGAGCAGUGACCAGAGAUUCGAUCAUUCCAACAACAGCGGCGGAGGCGGCGCCGGGCCCAUGGCCAACGCGAACCCGGGGCCCAGCCCCGGCCCUGGCGCCGUGCCGCCUACCGGCUACGGUUAUAACCAUUACCGGGGCCCGUUCCACCAACAUGGCGGACAACAAAGCCCCGGCAUGGGGGCAGCGCUACAACCCGGCGGCCUCGACUCCUUCCAGCCCAACUCUCACGAGGCCUUCGCCGGCCACUACAACAACUACACCACGGCUUAUCCGGCGGCCCGCAGCGGCUACAUCAACCAAGGCUACGGCCUCAACUCGCCGCGGGCCGGGGCGGUUGGGCCUAAAGCCUCGGCCUCGGGUAUGGUCGCUACUUUCCAGCGCUUCGGUGGGCAGCCGCAGCAGUCGACGCCGGGCCCUGGUCUCCAGCAGCAUCAACAGCCCCAGACGGCCUCCAGCACCCCAACCCUGAACCAGCUGCUCACCUCCCCGAGCGGGGCCCGGGCCUUCACUAACUAUAACCAGGCCCACCAGGACUACAAUAGCAGCCAGGAGCUGGCCAAGGGAGGCGAGCUGGGAGCACAGUACCCCAGCCCGGGCUGGGCAGCAGCGCAACAAAGGAGCCACCAUCCGCCCAUCAGCCCUGGCAGCAGCGGGCAGCCGUUGCCCAGGACUCAGCCAACUAGCCCUAUGGACCAGAUGGGGAUGAAGAGACCUCAGCUGUAUGGCGGCAGCAAUAAUCCAUAUGCACAGCAGGCACCACCGCAACAGAGCGGACCUUACCCAGGACAACCGUAUGGACCUCCAGCGCCUCAGCGCUAUCCCGUGGGUGUGCAGGGCCGGGCCCAAGGCACCAUGGGAGGCGGGCUGCAGUACCCACAACAGAUGCCUCCAUACAACCAGCAGGGUGCAGCCAGUUACUGUCAGCAGGGCCAGACACCAUAUUACAACCAGCAGCAGCCUUCCUACCCUCAACAGCAACGGUUCCCAGGACAGCAGCAGGAUUUGUCUCAGGAAGCAUUUGCCACUCAGGCUCCGCAGGGGUUGACUUCCAACAAACCGAACCAGGAGGAGCUGACCCUCAUGCAGCAGGGACGUCCGUCUAGCCUGCCGGAUUUGUCGGGUUCUAUUGAUGAUUUGCCAACUGGGACAGAGGGGGCACUGAGCCCAGGAGUGAGUACAUCAGGAAUCUCCAGCAGCCAAGGGGAGCAAAGUAACCCUGCUCAGUCACCGUUCUCCCCUCAUACCUCCCCGCAUCUGCCUGGAAUCCGUGGUCCAUCACCUUCACCUGUAGGAUCACCAGCUAGUGUAACCCAGUCCAGGUCAGGGCCGCUGUCCCCAGCAGCUGUACCAGGAAAUCAGAUGCCACCCCGUCCUCCAAGUGGCCAGUCAGAUGGAAUUCUGCACCCCUCCAUGAAUCCGUCGGCUAUGGGGCAGGACCGUGGCUACAUGCAGAGACCUCCCCAGCUGCCACAGUACAGCUCCCCACAGACAGGGUCAGCAUUGUCUCCGCGUCAGCCUUCUGGAGGUCAAAUGCAUGCUGGGAUGAGCCCGUACCAACAGAAUAACUCUGGAAACUAUGGGCCUCAAAGUGCCCAGUAUGGACCUCAAGGGGGCUAUCCUCGACAACCCAACUAUAACGCAAUGCCCAAUGCAAACUACAGCUUGGGUGGCACCAUGAAUGCAAUGACUGCUGGCAACCAAAUGCAUGGUCAGGGUCCAGCCCCACCUUACGUUGGAAUGCCACCAGGGAGGAUGGGCCCUGCGACAAUGGGUAACCGACCGUAUGGAGGCAAUAUGACACCGAAUACAGCAAACCUAUCGGCACAAAUGACCUCAGGAAUGUGCCCACCACCAGCUAUGAACCGCAAGGCUCAGGAUGCAGCUGUUGCUGCAAUGCAUGCAGCGGCAAACUCGGUACAGAACAGGCAACCCGGUUAUCCAAACCUGAAUCAGGGAGGAAUGAUGGGUGCUGGCUCCCCUUACAGUCAAGGUAUGAACAGUAUGGCUGGGAUGAUGAAUCCACAGGGAUCUCCAUAUUCCAUGGCUGGAAACAUGGCAAAUAGCUCUACAGUUAUGACUCCCAGUCCUGAGAUGAUGGCACUUGGGGAAGGAAAGUUACCACCGACACAGAAGGCAAACAACAAGGCGGAUGGAAUGACGAAGGCUGAACUCAAAUCAAAGAAGACCAACUCUUCCACGACCACGAAUGAAAAGAUCUCUAAACUGUACGAACUGGGCAUGGAGCCGGAGCGCAAAAUGUGGAUUGAUAGGUACUUUGCAUUUAUGGAAGAGAAAGGAACAAUGAUGACAAAUCUCCCUGCGGUUGGCAGGAAACCGUUGGACCUUUAUCGACUCUAUAUGUCUGUCAAGGACAUUGGAGGACUAACGCAGGUAAAUAAAAACAAAAAAUGGCGUGAACUGGCUACCAAUCUGAACGUGGGCACCUCGAGCAGUGCAGCCAGCUCACUAAAGAAACAGUAUAUCCAGUGUUUGUUUGCCUUCGAGUGCAAGAUCGAGCGAGGGGAGGAUCCUCCACUAGACAUCUUUGCUUCCGUAGAUUCCAAAAAACAACAACCAAAGAUACAGCCUCCUUCUCCAGCUGGUUCAGGUUCCCUGCAGGGUCCUCAGACCCCACAGUCCACCAGCAGCUCGAUGGCAGAGGGAGGAGAUAUAAAGCCACCGACGCCCGUCUCAACACCCCAUAGCCAUGUUCAACCAAUGCCAGGUUCCAGGAGCAACUCUGUGAGUGUCCAGGAUCCGUUUGCAGACAGUAGUGACCCAGCUUUCCAGAAGAGGACCACCGUGACUCAAAACCCUGCGUACCCACCCAACAUGAAUACCACGGAUUUAAUGGCCCGCAUACCAUAUGAGCCCAACAAGGAUCCAUUUGGUGGAAUGAGGAAAGCAGCUCCUGGGACUGACCCUUUCAUGUCUCCUGGACUCGCUCCCAAUACUGGAAUGGGAGACCCUUACAAUCGCCCCCCUGCAACAGGUAUGGGGCAGAGGCAGCAGUAUGCAUAUGGAUCUGGAUUUGAGAGGAGGUCUGAACAUGGGAUGGGCCCAGAGGGGACUUUGGGACCAGUAACAGCGCAACCUAAUGUGGUGCCAGUCAAUGCAGAUUCCGGCAUGUACUCUCCAAACCGCUAUCCGGGACAGCAGCGGCAUGAUCCUUAUGGAAACCAGUACCCUGGACAGGGAGUUCCGGCUGGACAGUCGUAUUCUAACCAGCAACCUGGAAUGUUUCCACAGCAGCAACAGCAAAACUUCAAGCGCCAGAUGGAUGGGACUUAUGGGCCUUCAGCCAAGCGGCAUGAAGGUGAAAUGUAUGGGAUGCCCUACACAGCCCAGCAAUCUCAGCAAGACCUGUAUAACCAGUACAGCAAUGCCUAUCCUGGUGCCGAUCGCCGGCCGGUGCAGAAUCAGUUUCCAUUUCAGUAUGGUAGGGAGAGAAUGCAAGGUCCCCCUGGCUCAGCCUCCCAGCAGCCUGUGCCCCCACAGAUGAUGGGUCCAUUACAAUCUCCUCCUGAAGGACCACAGGGCACUGUGUGGUCAGGACGAAAUGACAUGGCUUACAACUACCCAAACCGGCAAGGUCCUGGUGCACCACCACAAGCUCCAGGAUAUCACAACAUGAAUCGUUCUGAGGAGAUGAUGGGACCUGAUCAGAGAAUGAACCACGAAGGGCAGUGGGCUUCCCAUGUCAACCAACGCCAACCAUCAUUCACCCCCUCUGCUCCUCUUCCCCCGAUCACAAGGCCAUCACAGUCCACCUACCAGACUCCUCCAUCAGUGCCAAACCAUCUUUCCCAGGUGUCCAGCCCAGCUCCCAUGCCACGACCGUUGGAGAACCGUACCUCACCCAGCAAGUCACCAUUUCUACAUUCAGGAAUGAAGAUGCAAAAAGUUGGACCCCCAAUGCCCGCAUCCCAUAUUUCUGUACCCUCUACACAGCCACCACUAAUGAGACGAGACAUCACCUUCCCUCCUGGUUCAGUUGAGGCAUCUCAACCAGUUCUGAAAUCCCGGCGGAGACUCACCACCAAGGACAUUGGCACCCCAGAGGCUUGGCGGGUGAUGAUGUCCCUUAAGUCUGGCCUCCUAGCUGAAAGUACUUGGGCCUUGGACACCAUUAAUAUUUUACUGUAUGAUGAUAGCAGUGUAGCUACCUUCACACUCUCGCAGUUACCCGGCUUCUUGGAGCUUCUGGUGGAAUAUUUCAGGCGAUGCUUGAUUGAGAUAUUUGGAAUCCUGAAAGAGUAUGAGAUCGGAGACCCUGGCCAAAAGACACUACUGGAUCCAGAGCAGUUUGGGAAAGUAAAGCUGCAGUCAGAGCUUGAGGCAGGGGAAGAUGAGUACUUUAUCAGCGAGGAGGAAAUGGCAGCUAACCUGACCGAGGAUAUCACGGCCAUCGAAAGCACAGAGGAGAAUCCCAAGCACAUCAGCAAGUUUGAUAGACUUCCUGUGAAAAUAGUUAGAAAGAGUGACCAAUUUGUGGUGGAUCGCUCAGAUAAGUUGGGCAGGGUGCAGGAGUUUGAAAGUGGAUUGCUACACUGGCAGAUCGGGGGAGGUGACACUACAGAACACAUCCAAACCCACUUUGAGGGUAAGACACAGGUACCGCUACGAAAACGAACAACCGUCCGUGCAGGAUCUGUGAAAAGGCACACAGCUGAGAGCAAAAAAGGGACAGCAGAGGGAGAAACUGAGACAACAGCAAUGGUUGAGGAGCCUGAGAAAAGCAUAACUGCGACCAUGGAUGAUGUUCUGUCAGCAAGGCCCGGCUCCUUGAACAAAGAGGCUGUAAAUGGUUCAACAGAGGGGAACACUGAGAACAGCAAGUUUCCUUUUGCUAUUCACCAGGCACAAAAUCAUAAAAAUAUCAAAAUUCUUGAAGACGAGCCUUGCAGCCGGGAUGAGGUACCGCUAUGUAUGAUGGCAGACUGGCAGGACUCUUUAGCGAAGCGGUGUAUUUGUAUAUCAAAUAUCAUCCGCAGCUUGUCAUUUGUGCCUGGGAAUGAUGCAGAGAUGUCGAAACACCCUGGUUUGCUGCUCAUCUUGGGCAAGCUGAUCCUGCAGCACCAUGAACACCCUGAACGGAAACAGGCACCAUUAACAUACGAAAAGGAGGAUGAGGAGGAUGAAGGUGUGAGCUGCGAUAGUGAUGAGUGGUGGUGGGACUGUUUAGAAGUAUUACGGGAAAACACUCUCGUCACAUUGGCCAACAUUUCUGGGCAGCUGGACCUGUCUCUAUACCCGGAGAGUAUCUGCUUGCCAAUUCUGGAUGGAUUGUUGCAUUGGGCUGUGUGUCCUGCAGCAGAAGCCCAAGACCCUUUCCCAACGCUAGGUCCCAACGCAAUGCUCUCCCCUCAGAGGCUUGUCCUGGAGAGCUUAUGUAAACUCAGUAUCCAGGACAGUAAUGUGGACCUGAUCCUGGCGACACCACCUUUUAGCCGCUUGGAGAAACUUUAUGGGAUAUUGGUCCGGCUCAUUGGGGAACGGAAAAGCCAGGUGUGCCGUGAAAUGUGUGUGGUGCUUUUGGCAAACCUGGCACAAGGAGAUAGCCUGGCUGCCCGAGCGAUUGCUGUUCGGAAGGGAAGCAUCAGUAACCUGCUGGGUUUUUUGGAGGAUAGCCUUGCUGCCACUCAGCUCCAGCAGAGUCAGCCCAGCCUCAUGCACUUGCAGACUGCACCUAUUGAGCCAACAAGUAUGGACAUGAUGCGCCGGGCAGCCAAGGCCCUGCUGGCAAUGGCGAAAGUAGAAGAAAACCACUCUGAGUUCACAUUGCAUGAGGCACGACUGCUAGAUAUCUCUGUAUCGCCUCUCCUGAACUCUCUGGUUACAAAUGUAAUUUGUGAUGUACUCUUCAUGAUAGGCCAGUCAUGACAGCCGUGGGAACCUUACCGUGUGUGCGCGUGAGUGGAGAUCUUUGAAUCGACUGUUUCUGUCUUUAUUUAUGCAAAAACCACCUCUGUUCCCAAAAUCUGCCCCCGCCCACUCUUAACAAUGGAAGGAUAUUGUAGUCAUUUUGAUCAAGUACCAGAGGAAAAAGAAACAAUGAAUGUUUGCUGCCUGUGUAUAAGUCUGAAAUUUUUUAACCAAAGUUGCUGUCUCGUUUACAGUGAGUUUGGGAGACUGCCUCGUACCCGGAGGGCCCUGCUUCGAGGUUUUUAUGGUAAAUUUUGGAAGCUAAAUGACUUGGGAAAUCUUUGUGGUUCAGUGCUGUACUCUGAAUUGUAACUUAACCACUGGAAGGUGGCUCAUCGGAAGCUCUGUGUAUGCCAUGCAGGGGACAGCCUGCGCAUUAGACCCUAGACGUAUGUAACCUUCGACCAGCUGUAAGCAAUGUUUCACAUUGAGAAAUGCUGGUUUGGCAGCAAACUGUAGUUUUAAAACUUUUUAGUUUACAGUAAACGUGAAAAAGGCUUUUCCCCCUUUAAAGUAUCAUGUGUGUAUCUACAACACCCUGACCUCCCCUUGAUUGUAUGGACUGUCCUCUUUCACUUCCUGACUGGUUUUAAACUGCAGCCUCAGCCCCUGAGCUGUGAUUGUAUAUAGAAGUUGUACAAUGCACAUACCCUCAGAGUUGGUUGUUUUUUUUUCCUUCUCUCGUAGAAUGAGGUUUACAAUUUUCAUGACAUGGUCAAGCGAGAAGUGACGAUAGCUUUUAUUUCCAUCGGCCAUAUCCUGCGAGGGUAAUGUACAAGUUUCUGUAUGUAUAAAGUUGUGCUCUAGUUCAAGGAGAGCAACAGAUCACGUUUUUCCUUUAUAAUCAAGGUGUGGAAAAAGUUUAGGUUCAGUUGAAGCUCACAAAAAAUGAUGAAGAAACACAACUUGAGAUUUUUCAGUGCUAUGAAAUCUGCAUAUUUGUAUUUCAGACAAUGUAGCUAAAACUUGAUGUAAAUUCCUCCUUUUUCCUUUGGCUUAAUGAAUAUCAUUUAUUCAGUAUGAAAUCUUUAUACUAUAUGUUCCACGUGUUAAGAAUAAAUGUACAUUAAAUCUUG